UUUUUGUGUACAAGCAGUCGACAUCGACUCGAGCGAUGAGCUGUACUUGCGCUCGGGCAGCGGGAUAGAAAUUAUGGUCUAGUAUUUAUUUUAAUAAAUUGUAUCCUCCGCGCUCGCUACGGCCAAAAUGACAGGCUAUCCUUCGGCGUACCAGCUCGUCUCCUACCUGUACGUUCUCGCCUGGACGACGAGACGACUGAUCGGUGUUGCGGGCAUCACGCAGGCAGAGAUUGAGGGGCAUCUUGAGAUGGGACGACAACUCAUGUCCAAGGGCCAGUACGCGGACGCUUUGUCUCAUUACCACGCUGCCAUCGAUGCGGAUCCUGAUAACUACCUAACUUAUUACAAGCGCGCUACAGCUUACCUGGGGCUGGGCAAGUCCAAGUCGGCACUUGAAGACCUCAAUGAGGUCAUUGCCUUGAAGCCAGACUUUCUUGCUGCAAGGCAUCAAAGGGGUACAGUGCUCCUCAAGCAAGGGAAUCUAGAGGAGGCCCACAUCGACUUCGAGUGGGUGCUACGACUAGACCCAAACAAUGUCGAGGCACAUCGGGCGUACAUGGCCAUUGAACCUCUGAAGCAAGACAUUCGUGUCGCACAGGAGAUGAUUCAUGACCGAAACUACGUGGGGGCUAUUGAAGUGCUCACCAGGGUGAUUGCAGAGUGCCCGUGGGAUGUGACUCUUCGCGAGAUGCGUGCACAGUGUUAUGAAAACCUUGGGGACCUGAUAAAUGCCAUCACAGACCUGCGGCCCACAACGAAGAUGGUGCCAGACAACACUGUUGGCUUCUUGAAACUUAGCAAGCUGUACUACAAGAUGGGAGACGCUGACGAGUCUCUUAAUGUCAUUCGAGAGUGCCUCAAGCUGGACCCAGACCACAAGGACUGCUUCUCACACUACAAGAAGGUGAAGAAGCUGGCAGCGCAACUGCGUAGCAUCCAGGAGCUGAUUGGGCAGGGCAGCUUUGACGACUGCGUUGAGAAGGGAAAGGCGGCACUGCGCACCGAGCCUGACGUGGCCCAGAUAGUGCAGCACGUCAAGGGGCGCCUCUGUCACUGCCACAGCAAGGCGGGCCAUACCAGUGAGGCCGUUGAGGCCUGCUCUGAUGCCCUGCGCCUGAACCCAGAGGACACACGGGCCCUUUGCGACCGAGCAGAAGCCUACUUGGCGGACGGGCAAUAUGACCGCGCAUCCCAUGACUUUCAGCAAGCAGCUAACAUGGACGAGAACUCGUGUGGACCUGAGGGCCUCAAGCGUGCUCAACGGCUCGAAAAGCAGUCGCACAAACGCGACUACUACAAGAUUCUCGGGGUGAAGCGCUCGGCGCAGAAGCGGGAGAUCCUGAAGGCCUAUCGAAAGUUGGCCCAAAAGUGGCACCCGGACAACUACCAAGGCGAUUCCAAGAAGGAGGCGGAAAAGAAGUUCAUUGACAUUGCAGCGGCGAAGGAGGUGCUCACUGACCCUGAAAAGAGGAAACAAUUUGACAAUGGUGAGGAUCCCCUGGAUCCAGAGUCUCAGCAAGGCAAGGGCUUCAACCCCUUCCAGGGUUUCAACCCCUUUGGCAGUGGCUCAGGCGGUGGCUUCACCUACAAGUUUGUCUUCAACUGAGACCUGACAGUGCUACAGGAGAGAAAAAAAACACGUUUUUCAGUGUUGUGCGUGUAUAUGACCUCUUCAAGGUGCGGCGUACAUGCAACGGUGAUACUAGGGAGAGAAGUACUACAGCGAAAAGAAAAACAAACCUGGAUUUGCAGACCGGUCGUGUCAUAGACUGGCGCACACUGGAAAGGGCAACAAGUGUACAGACUGUGCUGCUCACUUCGCACUUUAAAAAACGAAGAAAACACCAGUGAAUCCACAAAAUUCCCGCAAGAGACGGAGGGAAAGUGUCAAGUGCCACCAUCGCAGCAAUGUUGUCCUUCCAAGCUGUUCAUUUUGUAAAUUUCUUUUAGUUCCGUGGGAACACGUUGCCAUGCCACAAGUAAGGCUUUUGAGAAGUCCAGUGGCCUGUGUACAGUUAGAUCUAAUUAAAUUUAAGACAUAUUAGUCGCUGUGCUUUAUAAUAAAGCAAGUUGACGUCACUUA